AGUCAGAUAAAAUAGCAGGCUCCUACAUGCCUCCACGUCCUUCAGCAUUAUCCUCAAUUCCUCCUUCGAUCCCAAACUGAACUGCUGGUAAAGCAUUCUUAAAAAGGAAGAAAUAAAUGCAUUUCAAACAAAAGAGUUGAAGGGAGAUUGUUCAUCAAACUAUACUCAAACCUAACUCGACUUCCUUUCGGAUUAAACCCUAGGAUCCACAUCCACCAACUCUAACACAGAGUAGACGAACUGAUUACCUUUUCCUUUGGCAUAAAACAAGAGGAAGCUCCUUUAAUCAAGCCUAUGCGCAAAACAAGAAGCUUUUGUUUUUUUUUUCUAAAAUGAAUCUUAACAGAGUUUACCCAUAGGUGCUAAUUCUUCUGUGAUGUUCUAAUAUUCUUAGUAGGGCUCAAGCAUUACCCUCUAAGAAUAAUUGAGAUCCACACAAGAUAACUCAAACACUCACGGAGUCAUGGGUAUAAAAAAACAUAAAAACAACCACCUCAAGAUAUGAUGAUUUUUACAACUUAGGUAAAACAAAUUCCACAUAAGCCAAAGAAAAAAAGACCUAGAAUGAAGCAUUCUGCAGACAUUGUUGCAAUCUCCUCAUAUAGGGAAAAAUAAGCUCACUUCAUGCUUGCUUAACCAAGUAGGAAGCAUGCUCAAUUGUUUGAUUAUUCUAUUAUGUGAGCUUGUUUCACGCUUGGUUGCAAGCAUGAAAGAUACUCUUUUUAAAUAAAUUUCAUUGCUCACAAGCUCGAUUCGUGCUUGUAUUAAACAUUUCUUGAGGUUAAGGUAGCAUGAAGUAUGUACGUGAGAUGUCAAUUACUCGAUGUCAAAGUUGUAUUGUGCUCACAUUAGUGAGCAUGGAACAUGCCCGCUUGAUUAUUUUAUCUAUUAUAGAAUGAUGAAUAAAUGUGGAUUUCUAUAAUAUAUUGAGAGCUAUAACAAAUUUGUUUUACCUAUGCAAUAUUGAAAUGACUGUUCUUACCAUUUUACUUAAAAUGUGCGUUAAGUAUAAGUUUUCUGACCUUGUCUAGAAGAAUUGGUAGAAAGUGAAUCUAAGUUAGAAUUAGUUUAUAUCAAUACCACCACCACCAUUAUUAUCAUUACCAUCCAGGAUGGAUAAAACAGAACUUGGUUUAUUAUUAGCAUUGUUAUCUUGUAUGCCUAUGGAGCACGUUUCAUAUAUUGAAAAUGAUUUUGAAACAUACUCAAAAUCAAUCAAUUACAUAAUUAAGGCAUAAACCUACCAAGGUUGUGUUGAUUUAAACCUUGAAUUAAUAACUAUAUCAAUUCACAUCUUUUAUUAAGUUUUAUUUUUAAAAAAUAUAAUCAGAAAUUUAUAAUUUAAAUCAAUUAAACGUCUUGUUUUUUAUAUUGGUGAAAUGCAGUUUAGAUGAUAGUUUAUUUUGAGUAGAGGUGAUAUGGAGAUUAAAAACACAAAAUUUUAAAUUAUAAACACAUUUGUAUGCUAAUAUGAUAUCCUUUGUUUUGUUUAAUUGUAUUUUUUUAUAUACUUGUAUUGGAUUAUAAAUUAUGAAAUCAAAAGGCUUUGCUUUCUCCUUCACGUGCAAUCCACGUGCCCAUAGACUUAGUUUUGUAGAUAUGGUAGAAAUAGAACUAAAGAGCAAUUUACAUUAAUAACCCUCUUAAAGACAGGACAGAACGAGCAAAUGAUGGGAGAUUAAGGACAUUUAACAGCCAGAUGAGAAAACAAUUCCAAGCUCAAAAUUGCCUUAUCCAAAUGGAAUAUACCCCCACCAACUAUUUACUUAGUUUUGUCCAUUUUGAUUUUUUUUUCAAAUAUAGUAGUUGCAAUGUUGAUCGUGUUAAUGACUCACCCAUGUUUUGAAGUGAUUUUAAACAUGAUAAAAAAAUGAGUUUAGUUAUUUCAAAAGUAGUUCUAUACAUAUUCUUAAAUUACCCAUCCAUUCAAAAACUUAAACUAGCAAAUAGAGGUAAAUUUAAUUAUAUGUCAUUCAACACGUAUUUUUAGUCAAUUGAUGAAGUCAGUGUAAUAAGUUUAUGUCAUUCAUACUUGCAGUUUAAAACAAAGUUUAGUUGCUAAUUUGAACAUGACUUAAACAUUAAAAGUUCGAAUCUUGCUACUUUCCACCUUUUGUUGAACUAAAAAAACAAAAUAAAUGUUAAGUACUUCAACAAAGCUAUUGAAUAUCAUAUGUUAAAACAAUAAGAGUUGAAGUAAUUAAAAUUGUCAAAAUGAACAUAGUUCAACUAACAUCAAUCUCGAGAUUAGAUGUUUGAUAUUUCAUCCACAUCUUGACGAAAAGAAAAAAAAGGUUAAACUAUAAAUAAAGUGAUCUAAUUAGAUAGACGAGAAUAGUAUUUAAAACGAUGAAAAUUGAUUGAUCAAAGCAAUGCAUUCUUGUUUGCAAGAGAAUAAUGAAUAUUCUAAGCUUAAGGAUGAGCCAUUGAUUUGUCAUUUUCUUCACACAAAUUUUCGACCUCCACGCCCAAAGAAAAACUAAAGGUUAUAACUUAUAAAGAAAAAUCAAAGCUUCAUUCAAUAUUUUGAAGUUUAAUUCAUUUGUGUUUUUGCUUAUUUUGGAUCCAAUCAGUUAUAAUGGCUCAAGAGGAGUUUGUUUUGCCAUUGGAAGAAGGAAGAAGCUUUGAUGAACAAACUUCUUCUUCUUCCUCUUUUCUCUCAAGGUUUCUUCUUUACAUUGGUGUUCAUGAACUUUUCUCACAAGAGGUUUGUUUGAAUUCCAAUGAUGUUUUGUAUAUAAUUUUAUGUCAACUUCAACUUCUCUAAUUAUCUUUUGUAUUGUAUUAUUUCUAGUUCUUUUUUCUUUUUGAGGUUUUCGAAGUUAUGUUGCUUGGAUUUUGUUGUUAUGCUAGUUUGUAUAGGUUGUUUGGGGACUUAGUUUAAUGUUAGAUAUAUGUUUUUAUGUCUGUUUUAAUCGUUUGGAUAUGAUGAAGACACUAAAAAAAUGUAUCAGUCUAGUUGUGAUAUCCGAGUGUGUCUCCUAUACUUAUUUCUUAAUAUUAGAUAUUAUGUCUAUAGUUAUAGUUGAUAUAAUAUAAAGUUAGUCUAUUAAGUUUAUUAUCAUCCAACUUAACCAUCAAUUUUCGGAUUUAACAUUUUUCCUUUUAGAAUUUAACCCAAGAGAAUGAGUGGAUUUUUUCAUGUUUGAAAUACAGAUGUGGAAAGCAGCAAUGACUGAAUUAGUAGCAACGUCCCUUCUAAUAUUUUGCUUAACAACUUCCAUCGUCUCAUGCUUGAACUCACACCAAUCAGAUCCAAAGCUCUUAAUCCCAAUCGCCGUUUUCAUCAUCCUCUUCCUCUUCCUCGUCGUCACUUUCCCUCUUUCCGGUGGCUUCCUAAGCCCCAUCUUCGCUUUCAUCGCCGCCCUCCACGGCGUCAUUACCUUCACACGUGCCACCAUCUACAUUCUCGCCCAAUGUCUUGGCUCCAUUCUCGCCUUCCUCAUGAUCAAAGAUGCAAUGAAUCCCGAUGUAGCUGACAAAUACUCUCUCGGCGGCUGCACCAUCCGUGGCACCGGCGAAACUCCCGGCCUCAGCCUCACCACGGCUCUCGUCCUUGAAUUCGCUUGCACAUUCGUCGUUCUCUACGUCGGAGUCACGGUGGUGCUCGACCAGAAGAUGAGCGAGCAGUUUGGUUUGCCAAUGGUGUGUGGGAUGAUUGCGGCGAGUUCGGCAGUGGCAGUUUUUGUGUCGACGACGAUCACCGGGCGAGCAGGGUACGGUGGGGUGGGGCUGAGUCCGGCGAGGUGUUUGGGGCCAGCGGUGUUAAGAGGAGGGCUGUUGUGGGAGGGGCAUUGGGUGUUUUGGGUGGGGCCGUUCGUGGCGUGUGUGGUUUAUUAUGGAUUUUCGAUGAAUUUGCCGAAGGGACUGCCGGUUGGAGCGAAAGGAGAAAUUGGGAUUUUGAAGAUGGUCGGCGGUUGUUGCCGGCGGCGUCGCCAAAAGUUUAAGGGAAAACUGAGGGAAAAUGUUAAUCAACUUUGUAAUUGAAUGGGAAAUGUUAUAGUGAUGUGCAUUUUGACUAGAGCACAAGGCCACAACUAUUUCAAGUACUUUUCUUUUCUAUAAAAAUACUUUUCAUAUAA